AUGUUGCAGAAGGAUAGGAGGCAGAAAAUGUUGAAUCCUGAACUUGUUAAAGGGCCAUGGUCUAAAGAGGAAGAUGAAGUGAUGAUUGAACUGAUGAACAUAAUUGGGCCUAAAAAGUGGUCAACUAUCGCUCAACAUUUACCUGGGCGUAUCAGGAAGCAAUGGACAGAAUUAACGAAGUUUUUGCUUGGAAGGGCAGACAAUGCUAUUAAAAACCACUGGAAUAGUUCAGUCAAAGAGAAAUUGGAUUCUUACUUGGCAUCGUGCUUACAUACUCAGCAUAAUCGUGACAAGAAAAAUCAUACCAACACCUUGUCUUCCCCUUUUUCUUUACUACCUUCCUAUUGUUUUAUAGCAGAUGGGAGGUGGAAUAGGACGGAGUAUUUGACUAAUGUGCAACUAUGCAGAUUUAUGGACAACAUUGUAGCAACAGGGUUUUUGUUGUUUUGUGGGCUGCAUUUUGACUAUUUUUACAGGUUUAUAGCAGCUGGUUUUGGACAACAAAGAUAUGGACACUACAACAUGUUGUAUACAGGUUUUUGGACUGACCUGUUUGGACUAGUAUGCAGGGUUGUUUCUGGUUUGGGGCAGCAUCAUGGUGGAGCAGAAUUUAUAGCAGUUUUUAGACUGAAUUGUUUGGACUAUUUGUUUGUUUUGUUGUUGCAGGUUAUGUGGAGGCAGCAACAGGUUUUUUUGAGAUUUGAGGAAGCAGUAUACAUGAUGUUGGUUUGGCAUAUGAUGCAAGACUUUUGGCACAAGUGA